ACGAGGGAACGAAGGCGAGAGGGACGUGGCCGGAAGUAGGGCAAGGGAGACAGCUUUGCUCAGCCAGGGCCAUGCGGUUGCUUAUGUUGGGGGCUCUGCGAGCCCAGACCGGGAACGGCACCACCGCGAGGAGGAUCCAGGAUCAUCUAGAAGCUGCUGGUCACUCAUGUACCCUCGUGGAUAUCUCUUCCUGCAAAUCCCCGUUGGCACUUUCAAAUCUCAUUCCCUCCGAGAACUUUGAGGCAGCUCUGGGCAUUCAUCUUUACAAAGCAGGCAGACUUCUGCAAGGCAGCGGGAUUCCUUUCGGAAUCAUCUUUGGUGGAACCGACAUCAAUGAAGAUGCCAAGUCUGACGAGAAGGCCAAAGUGAUGGGGAGAGUGUUGGAGGAAGCCAGGUUUGCAGUGUCUUUCACAGAGUCAAUGAAGGAAGCAGCUGCAGUCUAUUGGCCUCGUGCCAGGAACAAAAUAUAUGUUCAGGCUCAAGGAAUUGUGACCACCUGCAACGCUUCUUUCAACUGGAAGAGAUUUCUGCAGUCUGAAGGGAUUAUCCAGGACAGCAGCGGUCUGCGCCUCUUCCUCUUGAUAUGUGGUCUGAGAAGAGUCAAGGAUCCUCUUUAUUUAGUGGAUGCUUUUGCAGAAUGGCACAGAGAGGAGCCCAGCACACACCUGAUUAUAAUUGGACCCGCAGUUGAUCCACUGUUUGCAGAGGAAGUCAAAGAGAAAAUUAAAAGGGUGGAUGGGGUGCAUUUGCUACAGGAGAUCUCUCAAGAAGACCUGCAUGCUCUGGUGAAAAAAUGUUUUGCCGUUGUCAACAGUUCCAUUUCGGAGGGAAUGUCGGCCACAAUCUUAGAGGCAAUGGAUUUAAAUGUUCCGGUGAUGGCAAGGAAUAUCCCAGGGAAUGCUGCAGUAAUCGCGCACAAGAUGACUGGGCUGCUAUACUCAAACCCCCAGGAGUUUGUCCAGCUGUCUAAAAGCCUGAUCGGCGACCCACUUUUGCACAAAGAGAUUGUAAUGAAGGCAAAGGAGUACGUCACGAAGCACCACUCAUGGGAACAUGAAAGGAAUGCGUAUCAGAACCUUGCGCUGAUGCUCGAGUGACGCACUUUGCGUCAAGAUACAGGAACCCAGCAUGGAUGGAUCAAACCAGCCAAGCCAACCAAGAUUUUUGUGAUUAAUGACACUUACUGAUUCCCCACCCCACCCCCCUGUAUCACC